CAAACGUCAAACAUUGUUAGACAUUUGUUAAUCAAAAAUUCCACUUUUUGCACGUUGAAGCCCCGGCUUUGAUUGUUGGCAAAAAUAAAGAUUAUAUAUCUGUGUGUGUCCACUUUUUUAGGAUUCUAGUUUAUUGCUAACUGAAAUAAAUACAAGAAGUUCAGAAAGAAAAUGGAAAAUUCAAGCAAAGGCCAUGUUCUCAGUCAAGAGAUUACUGAGCAUCUAAGAUGCUCUUACUGUAAACUGUACUUGUCUUAUCCACCAGUUCUCAUGACUACCCAGGACGAAGUAAAGUUUAAAUGUGCUAGAUGCAAUAUAAAAACUCGAUUUGGCUUUCGCGAUGCAAUGUAUGAAAACUUAGCCAGGCACAUGAAGUUUCCAUGCAUUUUCAAAGAUUGCAAGGAAAUUCUUUGUUGGGACGACGUUCGUGAACAUGAAAGUGUUUGCAAUUAUCGUAGUAUCUAUUGCCUUGCUUCUGAUUGCCAAGAAACAAUUUUAGAGGCUGAUUUUGCUGCACAUUUCAAAGAGAAACAUAAAAAAUAUUAUCAUUCAGGAUCAAUAUCCAUAGAAAAUCUACGUUCUAACUAUGGUUUUUGUGUGUUAGAAAAGGACAACGUUUGCUAUGUAUUUUUCUAUGACAUUGAUAUGGAUAAAUAUAGAAUGUGUCUCUGCUACAUAGGUCCUAAGGUAGAAAAACAGUUUGAAAUGACAUUUCAUGCGAAAGAUAAAUCUGUUAUUCUAACUGAGCAGAACUUGGUACAGUUUCAAGACAGGGUACAUUGCUACAGAUGUUUAAAAGGAGAUUGUAAGUGUGUAUUCCAUUAUUAUAGUGGCUACAAGAGGGGUCUUUUAAAUUAUACCCAUACAAAAAUGGAUAAAGAUUUUCUGAAACGUACAUUAGGCAACGAUAUAGGUUGUAUUAUAAAUGUAGUUGAUGAAAAAGUACAAACUGACGAGGAAUUGGAGGAUAUACUAUUAGGUAGUAAAGAUGUAGUCAUUGAUGAAGUUAAUGAAGAUGACGAAGGUGAGAAACCCAUUGAGCCAAUGAAAACUGAUGCCAUUAAAGAUUUAUUAAAAUGCCCUGGAUGUCAACAGCCUUUGAAAGAAACUAUUUUUCAAUGUUUACAUGGACAUGCUUUUUGCAAGGAAUGCAAGGAAAAAUCAGAAAAGUGUGAAACUUGUGAGGCAAAAUUAGAUAACACAAGAAACUAUUUGGUAGAAGAAGUUGUUUCAAACUUAAAGUUAUAUGAAGAUGUGAAGAAAGAAGAUUUUGAAGACAAGGAGAUUGUUUGUCCAAUGUCAAAAUGCAAGGAGACAUUUAAGUUGUCUGGUACAAGUAACCAUUUCAAAGAAAGUCAUAUCCAGAAUUUCCACUUUAAUAAGGUAAAUCUUAAAAACGUUUACGGAUAUUAUAACGUUGAUGCCUUGAUGAAAGAUGGUAAAACCUAUCUUGUGUUUUUUGACUUUGACGAUUUUUACUUCGGUAUGAGCGUAUGCUCAGUAGAACCUUCGGAUCAGUUAUAUGAAGUGAAGCUAAUAUCAGAUAGUAAGAGAUAUACGUUAAUGGCGUCCGACCAAAAGGUUAUUAGAUUUAACGACAAGGAACACUGUUUUAAAUGUUCAAUCGGCACUUGCAAAACAACUGAACAUACCUUCAGAACAAAAAGAAAAGAAAUUUUUCGAAGACUAUCGACCCGAUUUAACAGGGACUGCAUCAAGAGAGCAUUUAAAUCUAGCCAGCUGAGCUACGAAAUCAAUAUCAAAGAAUCCAAAGAGAACAAAAACGACAAGGUGCUCAAACAACUUUUCGAAUGUCCCAUUUGUAAAGAUUAUAUGAUACCGCCUAUUCAUCAAUGCGUGGCAGGACAUACGCUUUGCAAUGUCUGCAAGACUAAGGUGGAGAAAUGCCCCUCUUGCGAAGGAAACAUCGAGGAGACCAGAAAUUUCAUUUUGGAAGAAAUUUCUGAAGUUGUGGAACUGCCGUGCAGUUUCGAGACUGAGAAAUGUUCAUUUAGAGGUGGGUUAAAACGGAUGGCAUCUCACGAAUUGGCGUGUCCAUUGAAUUCCAAAAAAUCCAGAACUGAAGAUGUCCAAGCAACUAAUCACGAAGAGAAAAAGGCAAAAGUUGAUGUCGAAGUAAAACAGGACGAAGUAGCUCAGUCUUAAGUAUCGAUUCCAUAUAGGACUAAUUUAACCAUGAUUAAAUGUUUGUAUAACUUGCACAAUUGUCCAGAAAUAGAAUUAAAUAGCUUUAUAAUUUUACAUUUAUAUUUUCUAAAAACCCAAUGUUCAAAUACAAUUUCAAUAUAAUAUUGGUAAAUUAUUUUAAUAUUUCUUCGGAUUUUAAUUUGAUUAAAGGUAAUUUGGAAAUUUAAUAAUUAAGUAGAAUGUAUAUGUCUUAUCAAGGAUUACUUUUUGUAUAAAUAUGUGCUUGAACUUUUUGUAUUUUUUAUUACUAUUAAAUCCAUUAUUCAAACAAAAAGUGAAUCUAUAAAGGGUGUUUGUAAUACAUGGUAAAAGUAUGAUAAAAAUUCCUGGUCAUCCGAUUUCCUAGUAAUUAAAAAAUAGUAAUUUAUAUCUGGCAAUGCCGCUCCUUAAUUUAUUCGAUACACUAGAUAGAUCUGUACUCAAAAAUUUUUAUUCAAAUGAUUUUUGUGAUGUAUCAAUAUUUUUUAUAGCUAUUUUAUGUUCUAAUACAAACAAAUUGAC